UUAAUUUGGCUGUUUUAUUUCCCCUACGUAAUGAGAAUUGCUUUGGCUACUCAAAGGAGUCCAGACUGAUGUUUCCUGGACUUUUCUUCAUGGCCACCCUCAUGCUCCCAAGAUGACUAUCAGAGCCUCACCCAAUCAAGAAAAGAGAAUGGGAAAAGGGGCUGCUGGUCAGCUCAGUCAUCCCCUUUAAAGGAGCAUUCUGGUUGCCCCUCUUCCACAACUCCUGCUUACAUUUCAUUGGUCAGAAUUGUGUCACAUGACAGCCAUAGCUGCAAGGGAGUCUGGGAAAUGUAACUUGGCACAUAUCUCUCUCAAAUCAGGUCCUUUUGACCUUUACAGAAUAACCCCGGCUUUGCAACUCUCUCCUCCCUUCAGGACCGGAUGCAACUCUCUCCUAUGCUAUCAAAACGCCUGCUUGAGGCAGCGCAGGCUCCCAGGCCUCAGAGAGGCCCUCACAAAACAUUUCGCAAAGACGGGACACUCAGGUCAAAAAUGUAACAACCCCCUCCCAUACACUAAACACACAAAAUCACGUCGCAGGUGGGGGCAAGGUAAAGAAGAGGUGCAGCAGGAUGCACGAGGUACACAGGGUGGUCAGCGCUUACAGCACACCUCAAGAAUACCUCCGGGCACACCCACCUGGGAGCGCUGAACUGUCAGGGGUGCGAGCCAGCAGAGGGGCCUGAGGGCAGCCCGAUGCGCAUGUGCACUCCCUCCCUUUCCCCAUCCCGCCACUGGGACCUGGGGGAGCAUCUCCUUCCCUGUCAGAGCGGCGGUUGGGGUCCCAACGCCACCGGCCUUCCUGGAACUGAGAGACCUGCAAUCUCCAUCUCUGCAACCUCCGUCUCUGCAACCUCCGGCCGCCUUUGUGAGAACAGCCUGCUGUCCACAUCUCUUCCCUGAGCUGCCCGCUUGGAGCCAUGGCACAGCCGACAAAGCCUGACAUGUUUGAUUUGGGCCUGGGUACCUGGAGCCCUAGAUCCCGGGAGCAGAGCCACAGGGCUUGGGGGGCACCCUCCAAGGGUGUAGGCAAGAAGCUGCCCGAGUACAAGGCGGUGGUGGUGGGCGCAAGUGGUGUGGGAAAGAGUGCACUGACCAUCCAGCUGAACAACCAGUGCUUUGUGGAAGAUCAUGACCCCACCAUCCAGGAUUCCUACUGGAAGGAGAUGGCCCUAGACCACGGAGGCUGCAUUCUGAAUGUGCUGGACACAGCAGGGCAGGCCACUCAUCAGGCCCUGCGUGACCAGUGUUUGGCGAUUGGCGAUGGUGUGCUGGGUGUCUUCGCCCUCGAUGACCCCUCAUCUCUAGCCCAGCUGCAGCAGAUGCGGGCCACCUGGGGCCCACACCACAUCCAGCCCCUUGUCCUUGUGGGCAACAAAUGUGACCUUGUGACCACCACUGGAGAUGCUCAUGCCGCUGCUGCAGCCCUUGCGAAGAGCUGGGGGGCCCCUUUCAUAGAGACCUCAGCCAAGACACGCCAGGGUGUGGUGGAGGCCUUUUCCCUACUUAUCCAUGAGAUCCAAAGGGUCCGGGAGGCCAUGGCAAAAGAGGCCACGGCAGGGCCAGGUGGGGAUAAAGGCCGGCACCAGAAAGCCAUGUGCCACUGUGGCUGCUCUGUGGCCUGA